AUGACUUUUAUAUCAAGCGAUGUGAUUUUUAUGACGCUUAUGAAUAAGCUCGUUGAUUUUAAGAAAGUUAUUCGAAACAGUAAUCAAUGCUACAUUUUACGGCGGGCAGUUUGUCUCGGGAGCUCGUGGAAGUGUUGGAUACUAUUCGUAGUGAAUAACAUAGUGCUCAUCAUAGGAGCAAUGUUCAGGAGUGAAGAAAUGAGCCUUGUGCAGUUGAUUGUGCAACCGGAGGCUGCAUACCAUUCGAUGGUUGCACUUGGUGAACUCGGUCUAGCUCACUUUCGUGAUCUGAACGAAGACGUCAGUGUGAUCCAACGGCAUUACACCGGUGAAAUUCGAAGAUGCGAAGAGAUGGAAUGUAAAAUCGGUUUCAUCUGUCGAGAGCUUGCCAAAGAUGAAAUACCAACGGUUGAUUUGUACGAUAAUAUUUCGGGAACUCUCAGUCCACGCGAAUUCGCUGAAUUUGAAGGGGCAUUAGAAAGGACUGAGCAAGAGAUCACGGCACUGUCUGAAAAUUGGAAUGUCUUAUUGGAGAACUAUAUGGAGCUCGUUGAGCUGAGAAGUGUUCUGGAAACAAAUCAGGGUUUGUUUAUGGAUAUUUGUGCUAAUGAUAUAAUAGAGUUAAGAGAUGACUCGAGCAGUGAAAACAAACAAAUAGAAUUUGUUACUGGAGUCAUUCCCAGAGCGCGAAUAGUUGGCUUUGAGCGGAUGCUUUGGCGAGUGACGCGUGGCAAUGUAUUUCUGCGGCAUGCUCCGAUCGAGGAACCAUUCGUGGAUGCGCGCACGGGCGACAAUGUUUACAAAAUCGUCUUUGUUGCAUUCUUCAAAGGUGAUCAGCUUAAAACUCGUGUUCAAAAGGUCUGCAGUGGCUUUCACGCUGUGUUAUAUCCAUUUCCGGAAGAGUAUACCGAGCGGACGGAAAUGCUUCAGGAGGUGUGUACUCGAAUCGAGGAUCUUAAAACAGUAAUUAACCAAACCAAGGAUAAGCGUCAUCGAGUGCUGUUAACCGUUUCCCAAAUGGUACAUGAAUGGCAAAUUACUGUGAAAAAAAUCAAAGCAAUCUAUCACACAUUGAACAUGUUCAGCAGAGAUGUUUCCAGUAAUGUUCUACUCGCUGAAGCAUGGGUUCCGACCAAUAAUUUGCAAGAUGUAAAGAAUGCUCUGGACUAUAGUAGUUACACGGCGGGUAGUACAGUGUCUGCAUUGAUUAACGUCAUUCAAACCAAUGAAACGGCACCAACUUUCAAUCGGACCAAUAAGUUCACACAGGGAUUUCAAAAUUUGAUUGAUUCCUACGGGGUUGCCUCGUAUCGCGAGUGUAACCCAGCUUUAUACACCAUUAUUACGUUCCCAUUUUUAUUUGCUAUUAUGUUCGGCGAUUUGGGUCACGGAUUCAUUAUGUUCCUUUUUGGUCUGUGGAUGGUGAUCUGGGAAGAUAGAUUGAAAAAGAACAAAGACGAAAUUUGGCAACUGUUCUUCGAAGGUCGUUACAUCAUAGUGCUGAUGGGCGCUUUUUCUAUUUAUACUGGUUUUGUGUACAACGAUGUGUUUUCGAAAGCAAUGAACGUAUUCGGAUCUGCGUGGCAAAUCAAUUACAAUACCUCAACUGUAAUGACAAAUCAAGUUUUGGAAUUGAACCCUGGAGAAGACUACUCCGAAACCGCCUAUUGGUAUGGUUUAGAUCCAGCAUGGAUGCUGGCACUGAACAAAAUCAUUUUCCAAAAUUCAUUCAAAAUGAAACUAUCAAUAAUUUUCGGAGUCGUGCAUAUGCUCUUCGGCGUUUGCCUUAAUGUGGUAAACCACGUGCAUUUUCGAAAACCGAUAAACAUACUAUUGGAGUUCCUACCACAACUGUUGUUCUUAUUACUCCUGUUCGUCUACAUGUGUUUCUUGAUGUUCUUCAAGUGGGUAAAAUAUACUGCCAUGACCGAUGAGGAUCCGUUGAAACCUGGAUGCGCCCCGUCCGUGCUGAUCAUGUUCAUCAAUAUGCUACUGUUUAAGGAGCAAACGCCACUGGAUGGAUGCGAAGAAUUCAUGUUCGAUGGGCAAAAAACGCUUCAAAAUAUAUUGGUUGUCUUUUCACUUCUUUGCAUUCCUUGGCUGCUACUAGCUAAACCUUUGUACAUAAUGGUGAUGAGGAGGACCUCCACUAAUCAUGAUGAGUUGGAAGUCGAACCGAUGAGCGAGAUCUUCAUCAAUCAAGCUAUUCAUACUAUUGAGUAUGUGCUAGGUAUCGUUUCGCAUACUGCCUCGUAUCUACGACUAUGAGCACUGUCUUUGGCACAUUCGCAAUUGUCCGAAGUGCUGUACAACAGAGUAUUUCGUAUUGGACUUACGUUUGGAGGUUAUACCGGAGCUGUUAUGAUCUACACAUUGUUCGGUGUCUGGGCCGGACAGACCUUUGGUAUUCUCGUGGUUAUUGAGGGCUUGUCCGCGUUCCUACACACUCUUCGCCUUCAUUGGGUGGAGUUUAUGUUCAAGUUUUACGAAGGAUUAGGAUACCCGUUUCAACCGUUCUCGUUCGAGACCGUCCUGAAGAGCAGUAUGAAAUAAGUAUCGAUUGUGUUUUGAUACGGGAUGCGCAUAUUGUACGUAUAUAGAAUAGUUAUGUAGGUUGCACGCUGCCUAAUUUAUCGAACAAUAUAUACAACAAGACG